AUGGCAUCAAAGGCAGGCAAGAGGAUUCAUACAAACUGCACCAUAAGUCUUGAGGACGCACUAUCUCUCCUCAAUUCGGCAAAUGAAGGUGAAAGAAUUUCCUUCGAAGGUAACAUUCUCAAGGCCUUGGAGACCUCAUUUAACAAGUCAGCGGAGCAACUGGUUUAUUGCCUGAAACUGUGCAAGACCCACAAGCUUGGACGUUUCCACAAGGAGACUAUCAGAACGUUUAUGAAAAACAAUGAGCUGGUGAAUGAGUAUGUGGCAUCUUUUUUUGCCUGGAUAACAGAUUUCUUCCCAAUAAGCUUUGUUGAGAUACUUUUUGAAGAAGAAGACACUGUCUGUAAGUACUACAAAAGGGUUCUCACAAAACUCUACAAAAGCUCGAAGAUCACAGAAUCCAGGCUGUACAUGGAAAAGCACGACCCAGAUACUCUGAGGCAUAUGACUAGGGUCAAAAUAGCGGAGCUGGUGAGAUAUCCCGGUGUGGUUGUGUAUUUGACUAGAAACCUGAUGUGCAUGCACGAAGAAGAACGAUUAUUUUUGAUAAAAAAGUAUCUGAAGCGCGGAGAUUUCGAAUACUAUCUGAAUGCACUUGCUGACAGCUCUCAAGAUUCAGUAAAAUAUAAGAAUGAUCUUCAAGAAUAUCUUAACAAUGGGGUAGUUGAGGAGGCACCUACAAAGUAUAUGGUGUUUAUGGAUGUGUACAAUUUCAUCAAGAAGAGCAACCAUGAAGUAUCUGAAGACGAUGAGUCUGCUCAAAGGGUUUUUGGCGGUUACGACGUGGAAAAACUUCUUAAAAGUGACAUAGGUGUAAUGUUUCUUGCCCAGACUAUAAAGUAUGUGGCAAUGCAUGCUGGGCACGCACAAAAAUGUAAGGACAUUGUCUACGAGGCUCUAGAAUUAAACAUUCCAAGAGACGUAAGCAAGACCCUAUGGAAUACUCUAAGCAAAGACAGAAACAUAUUUAUAGAAUGUAUCGAUAGGUUCAAAAUUUUAGAGGAUGAGGACUUAGGAGGAAUUCUUCUCUAUGGAAAAGGUGCUUACAAGGAAAAUAGGCCAUCUAUUUACAAGGCAAUGGUCUAUGAGGACGGUAUCUAUAAAAAAGAGGCAGUGGAUUAUGUUUCUGGUUCCUUUUCUGUGCACGAGAUAAUGGAUGUACUAGCCAAUCAAGACAGUGACGAGAGAGAAUUUCUGUCGGAGUGCAUUUACAGAAAGGCUCUGGUGGGUGAAUUUGACUUUAGAGUAUUUGAGGUUGGAGAUUCCAUGUGGAUAGAGAAGGCAUAUGAUCAGAUGUUUAAGACUCUACGCUUUGAUGUUUAUGAUAUAUUACUCGAGAAGAGGCCAGAACUCGCUUUUGACUAUUGCUUUCGGCAUGCAGACCUUCGCAGAAAAUACUUUGAAAAGAUAGAUAAAAAAAACUGUACAAUUGAGGAGGCCAUAUGCAUCCAUAAGAUCCUAAAGUAUGAAUCCGAGCUAAUUGAAAAUACUGUGGAAGCAGGAGAUUCAUAUGCAGAGGCGGUUUAUGGAUGUAAUGAGGAUGGAAACGAAGUGUACAAGAUGAGUGUGUCAGUGGAUCCUAUACCUGUUGCAGGUGUUGUUGAGUUUGUUUACCUUCUUACGCUGAUACGUCCGGAAGAUGCAAAGUACUAUGUAUGCGAGUAUUUUGAUGAAAUAUGCAGCAGAGGUAGUACUGAUCUGAAUGAGGAGGCUGUUUCCACCAGUAUGGGCUAUACCGAAAUCCUUGGUCUCAAUGACCUAGGUCUAAUAUGCUCGAUUCCAUUACACCAGAUGAUUGAUACAAUACUCUCAGUUCAUCUAAAAAACAAAUACUUGGUUUAUACUAUUAUGAGUCCAUUGCUUGAAGUUAUAGCCAAGAGUACCCAGAAUCUCAGGCUUAUUAUACUGAAAAACAUGGACUCCUGCUCUGUCACGCCCAGCCACACAGUCAGAUUCAUUGAUGUUCUUACUCCUCUUCUUCAUAAUUCUAACAUUCAGAUUUGUAACGAGAGUAAAAGGCUGCUCAUGGAAAUACCUAUCAUAACCCCAGAGCUGUCAUGUCUCAAGUCUCAGAUGGUUCAGUCAAUAGUGGAUAAGAUAUAUGCUAAAUCCUUCUUUGAGGCGAUCAGAAGGCAGCAGUUUAACCAUUACCUUUGCUUCAAUGCGUUGAAUAUGCUGGUCCAGAGCCUUAUCAUGCAUAUGAAGGAUCUCAAGGAGGAUGCCUUCGCUAUAAUCAACAGUUUGCAGUUUAUCGCCCACCCUAGGGACCUGAAGCAGGUGUUUCCUGUUAUAUUUGAAAAUCUGUCUUCAUUUGUCAUUGAAAAUGCAUUUUAUCUUGACGAAUGCUGUAAAGUUGCAUCAUCGAUGAUGAAGUUUGGGGAGGACAUCUCCUUUGAUAAGUUACUCGGCAACAUGGGGCGCUCCCUCCGAGUCAACAAGUUUCUGGUUGAAUGCCUUAAAUCCUGUGACGACGAAGUUAACGAUAAAGUUAUUAACAAGAUAAUAGGAAAAGAAGCCUGCUGCACAGACACCUCUAAGGAAAAGUCUGAGGAGGAGCCUCUCUACAUAGAGCCCUUUUUCCUGGCGUACGCACCAGAACUACCUCUUUUUAAGAAAUACAUUCCAGUGUUUAAGCCACUUCUCAAGAGGCUAUUUCUCAGCUCAGACCCGACAAAGCAAGAGAUAGCUUCCAAGGCUUUUGAAUCUAUGGAAGUAAUGGAAUUUCUUGUAUUUUGUUGUAUUAUUGGACAAUGGAAAACCAGGCUUCUCUGCCUCGAGCUAUUUAGCAAAAAGGGCCUUGGGGACGAUAGAGCACUGGCAAUGCUGUUUAUCCUAAGAAACGAUACACAUUCGGCACUCCGGAAGAAGGCACUAGAGAUAUGGAAAUCUAAUGUCGUGAACACUAACUCAACGUUAAAGAACAUUUAUAGAACCAUCCUUUGGUUCUUAAGGUACAGAGAAAACAGCAGCUCUUUUUACGACGCUAUCAUGAGCUCCUUGAACGACCUAAUUAUGAAGUACGAUAAGUAUGUUGAAAGAUAUCUGCAAGAUGUCAUGAAUAAGAUGCAUUCCGGAAACAACAGUGAAGACAUGUUCUGCCCGCUAGGCAUGAACGAAGAUUCUGAGAAGCUAAAGAAAAUCUCCGAGAAAGAGGUAGUUGAGGUAAUACUAAUAGAAUGUGCCAAGUCCGGUAAGCAUUUGGACAUGGCACUAGAAUUCGGCAUCAAGAAUUCUUCAAUUGAUCUUUUUCGACAGCUUCUGCAAAACCCAUUGUAUAGAGAAAAAAUCAUUGGGACAAUAGGAAACAGAAUUGACGAUCUAGCAGUGUCGGAGAUAUUUGCCGACAACAGCAAGCUAGGGAUCGAUUUGUUCAAGAAGACUGGGAAAACUUUCCUGUUCAAGUUCUUGAAAGGCUCUGAUAAAAUCAGUCUUCUUGAAUCAAUGCUUUCUGAAGAGAAGACAGAUCCCACACACAUCAAAGAACUCUUGAGACAGAUGAGGCCGUCCAAGAAGCUAGAGGAGUAUCUCUUAGUAUCCAAUCCCGUUUACACAUCGGUCUUUUAUGGCUCUGGAGAAAAGAUGGAGGAUCAGGGCCACCAAAAGGAAUUGUUUAUCAGAGCAUUCAACAUGCUAGAGUAUCCGGAAUUGCAACCUUUAAUAAUUCCCGAUUAUUUGAACCUCCUUCUAGAUGUUUCAUACAAGAAUAUCAAGGAGCCUCAAGCCCUGGUCAAUGUUCUUUGUACUUCCAGUUCUUCAAGAACCUUAGAAAGGCUGAACGAUAUUGUCUCGAGUAUGGAGCUUGGAGAUUCUUUGUUUACUUUGAGCGGGUACCUUCUCCGAAAUUAUCUUUUUUAUGAGAAAAGGGAAGCUGUUCUUCCAUCACUCGAGUUGAUAUAUAAAAGAUAUCGGGGAAGACUGGGGGCCUUUGGACUAAUUAUUGAACGCCUUCUUGGAGAUCUUGGGCGUGUUUGA